AUGAUGACGGAGCAAUCAGGCCAUGGUGAGUGCAUUAACUACUUGCACUACCCAGUCUGACUGUUGCGCACCCGUCAUCUGCUACCUAAACCCGUCUUUUUUACUUUGAAAUAGAUAAGACCAUGCAGUACACUAAACCGCAGUCAAGAAAGCUUCAGUUUGUUCCAGAGCUCAUUAGAAUCGAGGAGGUUUCGGAGGAGGAGGAGGAGGAGGAGGAGGAGGAGGAGGAGUGCGAGGAGGAUGAUGAGGACGACAGCACAAAUGACAAAAACGGCAUAUACACAGAGGUGAUGGAGAAGGACCAGCAGCAGAAUGUGCACGCUGGUGGAGACGCGGACUGUUUUGCUAUCGCCUCAGAAGUAAAUGGUGGAAACUGUGAGGUUUGUACAGUAGUGGCAGAUAUGAGGAAGAUCUAUGGCUAG